AUGACCGGCCCCUCGCCCAAUCUCUACAGCUACCCGAACACUGGCGCUUUGGCCCAGCAGCUGAGGGCCUAUGUGCUCCGGUGUCAGAACUCCGCUCUAGAACGUCAUGAUACUUUUCGGGUUGCGAUCUCCGGUGGCUCGCUCCCUGCUGUUCUUGCCGAGGGUCUUCUAGCCCUCGGGAACGGGUCGCCAGAAGACACCCCCCAGUUCUCCAAGUGGGACAUUUUCUUCGCGGACGAGCGCGCUGUCCCUCUCGACCACGAAGACAGCAACUAUCGUUUGCUCCAGGAUGAGCUGAUCAACAAGAUCCCCGCCGAACAGGGCGCCCCCAAGGUGCAUCCCAUCGAUGCCGACCAUGUCAACGACGAUGACCCGCAGGAGCUGGCGGAUCUGUACCAGGAGGAGCUGAUGCGCUCGUUUGCUGCCAAGGACAGUGUGAAGCUGCCCGUCUUCGAUCUCAUUCUGCUCGGCUGUGGUCCCGACGGCCACACCUGCAGUCUGUUCCCCGGACACGAACUGUUGCGCGAGAAGGAUGCCUGGGUGGCUGCCGAGGCCAACUCGCCCAAGCUCCCACCAAAGCGCAUCACUCUGACCCUGCCUGUUGUCACGCACGCCGUCCACAUCGCGUUCGUCGCCACUGGUGCCGGCAAGAAGGAGAUCCUGAAGCAGAUUUUCGACGCGGAGGAGGGACGGGACCUCCCCUCGGCGCUUGUCAACCAGGGCGCUGGGGACAAGGUGAGCUGGUUCACCGACCAUGCGGCUAUUGAGGGAGUGUCGUUCCCCAAACGCGGAAGCUUGUAA